UACGAACACCGGAAAAUUACGACCAGUACGAACUUCAUACUUAAAUAUUAAUAAUUAUAUUAAAUUAUAUAAUAUAUGAUCAACUAAUAACACUAUUAACAAAUAAUUUAUUAUUUAUCUUUAAUAUUUAGUGAUGACCAAUGAAUUUAUUUUAAAUUAUAAAUAAACAGACAGUGCUAAAGUUGAACAAUUCAUAGUAUUAGAUGUUUAAUUUUAAGCAUUUGUAAACUUAAAAGUCUAAACGACAUUUUUUACUUGAGAAUUAAAAUGACAAACGAUCCUGCGGAUUUCACUAUGUUUCAUACUAACGCUAUAAAAGUCAAGUGUGACUGGCCAUCAAACGUUGAUGGAAUGGACAUCGAAGACUGUGUUGUGGCUCGUCCAAAGCAAUCAGACAUUGAUCCCGAAAAACUCGAUAUAUUACAAUUAAUAAUGGAAUUAGAUUGCAAGAGUGUGAAUUUUGAGAAACCUGAACAUUUAAGUGAUUUAUUCAUUAAUAUCAAUUGUGAUCCGAUGCAUGUAAUUGAUACAAUAGCUGUGUGUUCUGAGGCCAGAAUCAUAGAACUUUUCGGGAAGACUGGAGAAUAUAUUUCUAUACAUCAGUCUAUUUGUCACAGUAAUAUUGAUGGAUUUCAAAUGUACUCUCAUGUGAUACCAAUUGACAGUACAAAAUGUACUUUAAAAUUAAAACAAUAUAAUAAUUUUGAUUUCAUUUGGAUUUUUGGCAUAGUUAUUUAUUUAACUGAAAUGAAAAAGCAUUCUAACAAAUUCUUGGGCCCAAUAAAUAUGCAGAAUGUUCAAAAUAUGUUGGAGUCAAAACCAUUAGACUUAAAUGCUUUAAAAUUGUUUUCCACGUUAAGUCUUAAACAAUCAAAAUCAAUUGAUAAUGAUAUUUUGAUGUCGAUUUUUAAUAAUAAGGAAAGUCGUGAAUUUCCAAAUAAUGAUCCGAAGGGUGAUCAAUUCAUAUCGAUUAAUUUUAAACAAUUUGAAAAAAAAGUAGAGGACAAACUUCAGAGUAUGGCUGUUCAAAUGAAUACAAUUGAAAAUAAAAUUGAAACAUUAAAUAAAAAGUUUGAUUUGUUGUUAAACGCAUUACAUGAUAAGAAUGUUUUAUAAUAUUAUAUUUUGUUUAAAUGUUAAUAUGUUACUGUAAUCUACAAACUGUGACAAGAUUGGUAAUGGAAUGCUAUUUGUAUUUUGUCGUUGUACUGGUUAUAAUUUGUUUUUAAUGUAUAUUUUAUUUCUCAUGAAU